AUGGAUCAAAACCUCGAACAGUCGCUGUUCAAUCCCCACGGGCCUCUCGUGACUCGCCUCGAGAGCCAAAGCGUUCGUGGCUCGACAGCAGCUAUACCUCAAACUUUCUACCGUAACUUGGAAGAAGCUCUCGAGGUACGCCGCGCCUCCAAAACUUUCUACUCCAUUGUUCAAGAUGACUGGGGAAAGACCGACAUGGUCGACCUUUGCUCUAACGACCUGCUCUCCCUGAGCGCCACCGGCAUGCUAACCGCCGAGUACCUUGCGGAGCUAGCCCGGCAUCCAGGCUUUGCCACGACAUCUGGCGGCUCGAGGAUGGUCGACGGGAACUACCCGUACCUGGACCAGACGGAGAAGGAAGUUGCUGCCUUUCACGGGUUCGAGGCAGGUGUCAUGCUGAACUCGGGAUUCGACGCGAACGUCGCCAUCUGGACAGCCAUUCCCCGUCCGGGAGAUGUGAUGCUAUACGACGAGGCCUCGCAUGCGAGCACCCACGACGGUAUGCGCCAGAGCCUCACCACGCACAAGAUCGAGUUUCGACACAACGACGUUGAGUCGUUCCGCAGCACGCUGGUCUCCAUCUUCGAAAGCCACCCGCUUGUCAGACAGGCUAGGCGGACUGUGUUGGUGUCGGUUGAGUCUGUCUACAGCAUGGACGGCGAUGUGUGUCCGCUGCGCGAGCUGAUCGAGGUCGCCAAGGACGUUUCCCGCAAUCAGGGAAACGUCCAGUUUGUCGUCGACGAGGCACAUAGCACGGGUAUGAUAGGGCCAGGCGGAAGAGGCCUCGUGUGCGAGCUGGGGCUGGAGAAGGAUGUCGCCGUCGUCUUGCACUCAUUUGCGAAGGGGUUGGGCUCGCAUGGUGCCAUCAUCGUCGGCAGCAGCCGGAUCCGUAGUACCAUUGUCAAUUUUGCCAGGUCGUUCCAGUACACGACGGCGCCGCCCUUUCCCCUCGUUGCUCUCGUCAAGGCUGGCUAUACCCUGCUCACCGAUGGAAGAGCCCGCGAGAAACAGGAAAAUAUCCAGUUCCUGAUGGGAUUAUUCUUUGAGGAGGUGACGUCUCAUGCGUUGUGGCACGUGGCCCAAAGGAAAGGGAUCCUGUCUAUCCCACUUUCCAAGGGAUGGGAAGAGCGCUCCUUUUUCACCCAUGUCAUCACGUUAUGGACACGCCAGAGAUGCACCUACUGGCUGUAUUUCCACCUUCUCUUCUCCUCCUUCAGCGUCAUGCCAGUCGAGCACCCCGUUGUGCCGGCCGGUCAAAGCAGGUUGAAAGUCACGGUCCAUGGCGGCAAUACGGAAGCGCAGAUCCAAGGUCUUGUGAAGGCCAUCUACGUGUGGGUUGAGGAGAUGCUCGCCGCUGAAGAAACGGGAGAGGUAACUACCGCCGCCGCCAAGGUUUACGCCUGGAUGAAGCGCGAGAAACUGAGUGGCUUCGUCAGCCUCGUCCGCAUUCUGCGCUUCCUGCAAAGUUCACGUGCCCCGAACGAGUCUCAGUUCAGUUCGAUAGCCGCCAGGUUCAAGGGAGUCAUGACAACUCCAAACGAGCCUCCGUCGGCUUCCGACGCCGUGAAGCUCGAGACAGCGUCGGCUCAGUCACCCGCUGGACCAGAGGCGGGUGCUUGCCACAACGAAGCCGUGCUGACCCCGGAGCAGCAAGUGUCAAACGACCAAAAGAAGACGCUUGGCUUCAAGAUGUCGGUCCUCUCCUUGGUCAUUAUGUGCUUCAUCGUGUCUCUGGACGGCACUAUCCUCGCCGUUGCGAUACCCGUCAUAGCCCAAGACCUGAACGGUACAACCUUGGAGGCUUUCUGGGCGAGCAUUGCAUUCAUACUUGCUGUUGUCAUUACACAGCCUGUCUAUACCAAUGUGUCCAACGUUCUUGGGCGUCUGAUUCCCCUCUACAUCUCAUUCGGCCUGUUCAUGGCAGGCUCCAUUGUCUUCGCCCUUGCCAACAGCAUGGGCGUCUUGAUUGGCGGGCGUGUCAUCCAGGGUCUCGGCGCCGGAGGCCUGGAUGUCUUCAACGAAAUCAUCCUUGCUGACAUCACCACGUUGAAGGAGCGUCCCAUGUAUCUCGGUCUCAUGGCCGUUCCAGUCGCCGUAGGCUCCAUCCUAGGUCCUAUCCUGGGCGGAAUGUUGGCUCAGUACGCGACGUGGAGAUGGAUUGGAUGGAUCAACUUGCCCGUGUCGGUGGUCGACCUCGUCUUGGUGUUCUUCUUCCUUAAGCUCAAGACACUCCAAGAAUCCUUCCGCGAGAAGGCACUGCGCCUCGAUUGGAUCGGCCUCGUACUCUUCACCAUCGGAUGCACCUUGACUGCUACGCCCAUCGCUUGGGCCGGCGUAAUGUACCCGUGGUCCUCGUGGAGAACAAUCCUACCUUUAUGCCUAGGGAUCGCCGUUCUCGCCGCAUUUGGAUGGUAUGAGUCUCGACCACAGGAGCCGGUGUUCCCGCCCUGGAUGUUCAAAAGCCGGACCUCAUCUUUCGCGCUGCUCGCAUCUUUUUUGCACGGCGUGCUUGUAUACAGCAUCAUCUUUUUCGCACCGCUCUACUACCAAGCCGUCUUCCUCAAGGCGCCGAUGCAAUCCGCCAUCUCGACACUGCCGCUUGCCUGCUGUUCCGUCGUUUUUGGCAUCAUUGGCGCCGUCAUCGUCGAGGUAACUCGCAAGUACCGGCUCAUCAUUUUGAUUAGCUGGAUCCUCGCAGCCGUGGGCUGUGGUAUCCUCACAUUCUGGGGCGACGAUGCCUCCCUCGCCAUGCAAGUCACCUUCCAGAUCAUCCUGGGUAUUGGUACUGGAAACCUUUUUUCCGUGCUCAAUCUACCCAUGCAGGCCAGCGUGCCCAACGCGGACGACAUGGGCCUUGCCGCCGGAGUCCUCGUCUCGUUUCGACUUUUCGGAGCCCUCCUGGAUUGGUAG